AUGGCGAGAAUGUUCGCUCGCGCCCUCGCCGCUGGGGUCCUCGUGGCCACGCAGGUGGAUGCUGUGAAGAUUCAGGCUUCGUCCGAGAUGAAUGCGAACAGUGAGAUGGGCAGCCUGACGAGCGCGAACAGUGAGAUGAGCGCCAGCGCCCUCUCUGAGGCGCUCGGCCACAUGAGCGCCGAGGCGGUGCAGGCGCGCAUCAGCAAGUACGCAGACCAGGUCGGCGCGUCCCGCGACGAGGCCACGGUGGACGACACGGAGGAGGAGUUCGGACUUCGGCUUCCUCGCCGAUCACAUCUACGAGCCCGAGUUCCGGAGCGUGUGAGCAGCGUGCCGGCACCCUCCGCAUGUGCCCGAGGCCCCGUCCUGUAUCGAAGGAGAGACCGGCCGGGGGUUGGCAGAACCCCGACCCUGCCAUUUUGA